AUGGCGGACUAUCAAGCUGUUGCUGAGCAAUUCGUUAAGUUUUAUUAUGACACUUUUGAUGGUAAAGGAGAUGAAGAGGGCAAAGGGCGGGACAAACUUCACCUGCUUUACCGUGAGGAGUCAAUGUUGACUUUCGAAACCUCUCGCGUGAAAGGCACCAACGCCAUUAUGGAGCAGCUUAUGGGUCUACCGUUUCAAAAAGUUGAACACGUUCAGUCGACAGUCGACGCUCAACCAACCGCAGAAGGUGGGGUUGUAGUCCUUGUGACCGGCGCUCUGAUGGUUGAUGCAGAAACAAAGCCCAUGAACUACUCCCAACUCUUCCAUCUCCGUCCCGAUGGAACAGGAAGCUAUUACGUUUUCAAUGAUGUAUUCAGACUUGUCUAUCCUCAAUAA